AUGGUUCGCCGUUUUGCAGAGAGAGAUUUAAACUAUAUCAACACCGCCCGGCCGGGCGACGCAGCGUCAUGUCUCGCGCCCGAGGAGCACAUGCAGGGCUACGUGGACUGCCACUGUCAUAUCUCUGCAAGGGAUUUUGACAAGGACAUAGGAGAGGUGAUUGAAAAUUCAAAAAAGGCUGGAUUAGUGGCAGUGUUGGCCGUGGCCGAGCAUGCUGGAGAAUUUCACAAGAUUAUUGAGCUCUCGGAAAGGUUUCCAGGUUUUAUUUUCCCCUGUUUAGGAAUCCAUCCUGUUCAGGAAGUUACCCCAGAAAAACAAAGGGGGGCUACUUUACAGGAUCUCGAAGCAGCUCUGCCCAUCAUAGAGAAAUACAAAGACCGUCUUGUUGCCAUCGGAGAGGUUGGCUUGGAUUUCACACCCAGAUUUGUCAGCGGUGAGGCCGAUAAGGAAAAUCAAAGGCAAGUCCUCAUUCACCAAGCACAAAUCGCCAAGGAGCUGGACCUCCCUCUAAACGUUCACUCGAGGUCAGCAGGAAGACCAACCAUCCACCUCCUGAAGGAGCAAGGUGUUGAAAAAGCCCUUCUUCAUGCUUUUGAUGGAAAACCGUCAGUUGCUAUGGAGGGAGUUAAGGCUGGAUAUUUCUUUUCCAUCCCCCCAUCCAUAAUAAGGAGUGAGCAGAAGCAAAAACUUGUGAAACAGCUGCCACUAGAGAACAUCUGUCUGGAAACUGAUUCGCCUGCUCUUGGUCCAGAAAAGCAGGUGAGAAACGAGCCAAAAAACCUUCUCGUCUCGGCCGAAUACAUCAGUAAGAUAAAAGGGGUGUCACUGGAGGAGGUUAUGGAGAAGACGACGCAAAACGCUCUGCGACUCUUCCCCAGGCUGAAGUCCGCCAUCCGACCAUGA